GAAGCAAAACAAGCAACUCAUGCUAUAAAGAAGGCAAAAUAAAAAGUUUUCUGCAAUUGUUGAUCUUAUUCGAGUUGAUUAAUUUUUUCUUCUUUUGGAUAAAUAUAUUUAUCAGAAUUCCGAGAGAGUUGAUACUGGUGAAAAAUGCUGAUGAAAUUGCGUAAAUUAUUGCAUGAGUUGAAGCCAAUCUUAUUAAUGGUGGUGGCUCAGCUCUCCUUUUCUGGUGUUAAUGUCUUCUACAAAUUGGCUUCCUAUGAUGGUAUGAACUUGAGAGUUCUUAUUGCUUACAGAUUCAUUUUUGCUUCUGCUUUCUUGAUUCCUCUUGCUCUAAUCUUUGAAAGGAAGAUAAGGCCUAAACUUACUAAAACUAUACUCUUCCAAGCAUUUCUUUGUGGAUUCAUAGGAGGAUCAUUAACUCAAACUCUGUACGUGGAAGGUUUGGUGUUGACAUCUGCAACAUUUGCUUCUGCUAUGACUAAUCUUACGCCAGCCGUCACUUUUGUCUUAGCCAUUCUUUUUGGGUUGGAGAAAAUGGGACUAAGAACCCUAGCAGGGAAAGCAAAGGUGAUGGGUACAUUACUAGGAAUAGGAGGAGCAAUGCUGCUAAUAUUUUUCAAAGGGGCAGAAAUUGACAUAUGGUCAACCCAUGUCAAUCUGAUGAAGCUUGUAAAGCCACAUGGAGGACACGUGGCAGCAUCAGAUAGCACUAGAGUAUUGGGUAGUUUAUUGUCUAUAUGCAACUGCAUCUCAUUUUCCGUGUGGUUAAUAAUUCAGGCGAAAAUGAGUGCAAAUUUUCCAUGCCCUUAUUCAAGCGCAGCAUUGAUGGCUUCAGUGGCAGCAAUCCUACAAGUUGUGUUUACCCUUUGUAUCGAUAGAGAUUUGAGUCAAUGGAAAUUGGGCUGGAAUAUAAGGCUCUUCACUGCAGCCUAUGCGGGAAUAGUAGUACAGGGUGUGACGAUAACUCUGAUCACAUGGUGCGUAAGCAUAAAAGGUCCAUUGUAUGCAUCCAUUUUCAACCCUCUGCAGCUUGUGUUUUCUGCCUUAGAGGGAUCUCUGCUAAUUGAUGAGCCACUACAUGUUGGAAGCAUAUUAGGAGCAACUUUGAUUGUGUGCGGAUUAUAUACAGUGUUGUGGGGCAAAGACACAGAGGCAAAGAAAAUAUCUCAACUCAUUCCACUGAAAAUCUCAGAAGAAAUAGAAAUCAUGUCAACUACAAAUAGCACUAAUAGCAACUGCCAAAAUUGUGAAAAUUGCAAUAGAGGCAAGGUAGAUAAAAAUUUAUCAGAAAAUAUACAUGAGAAGGAAGAAGAAAAUACAAAAGAAGAGGCCUAAAUGUAAUAAAUUAGCAUAUGUUUCACUCUUCAAUUUGUAAUUUGUAAUUUUUUUUCUGUAACUUGUAUGUUCUAUUUUUCUUCUAAUAAAUCAUAUUGGGAAAUAUGCCAAAUUACAAAAA